AUGGGCAACGCGCACCGCAAGAGGAGCCCGGCGGGCACCAAGCCCGGCUCCUCCUGGCCCUUCGGCCGCGCCGGGAAGCCGAGGGCAGGCGCUGCCAAGGGCGAGGGUGAGAAGCGGCUGAGCGUGCAGUACACGGUGGGCGAGGAAUGUCCCGACAACGUCUUCUUCCCCAGCACACGGCCCCCGCACCUGGAGGAGCUGCACAACCAGGCCCAGCAGGGGCUGAAGUCCCUGCAGCACCAGGAGAAGCAGAAACAGACCAAAAGUGCCUGGGACCACGGGGACACCAGCAGCCUCCAGUCCUGUGCAUCCUUGGAGGAUGACAGCCUGUCCAUCCGGAGCCGGGCAGCCUCUUGUGCCACAGACAGCACCUCUGAGGAUGCCCUGUCCAUCCGCUCCGAGAUGAUCCAGCGCAAAGGUUCUACCUUCCGACCACACGACUCCUUUCCCAAAUCCUCAGAGAGGGCUGGCAAGAAGAGGAAGGAGAGGAGGACGACAGUGCUGGGCAUCCCCCAGCACGUCCAUAAGGAGCUGGCUCUCAGGAACAGCCAUGGAGCCAGGGGACAUCCCGAGGGCCGCGGGGACAGCCAGGCAGUGCAGCCCUUGCUGAACGGGGGGCAGGUGUCCGGCGACGCCGUCCGCAUCCCCACCAUUGAUGGGAAGCUGCAGCCCCUGCCCGCACCUGGUGGCGCCAGGGUCUGCCUGGGAGUGCUGGAGGAGACGGAUGCAGCCCUGCAGAAACACAUCAACAGGGUUUACUACGAUGACAGCUUGCUGGGGAGGAAGACAGCGGCCAAGCUGUCGCCCAUGGUGAGGCCGAAGUCGCUGGCCGUGCCAGGCAUGACCACCUACGCCAACCCCCCGGAGAUGCUGGUGGGCCCCGUCAUGUCCAUCUCGCCCCAGGGCACCUACAUGUCCAAGAUCAUCCCCAACGCCAUCCUGCCACCCAUGGUGGACGUGGUGGCCCUGACGAGGAGCAGCGUGCGGACACUGAGCCGCUGCAGCCUCGUGUCGUCCAGCCCGGCCUCGGUGCGCUCCCUGUCCCGCUUCUCGGAGCGCAGCGCCCGCAGCCGUGAGCCCUCCUCCUCCAGUGACAACUGGAGCCACUCGCAGUCCACGGAGACCAUCGUGUCCAACAGUUCCACCAUCUCCUCCCAGGGCGGCUGCGACCACCGGCAGCCCGAGGCGGGGCCGCACGGCGAGGUGGACGCGGCCGCUCGCUCCGACACCGACCAAAUCAGCAUCUACAGCUCCACCAGCUUCGCCAGCUCCUGCUCCAAGCCCGCUGCCGGCCUCGCUCCUGUGGCUCCCGGGCUCCUGGCCGUGGGCAGUGGCCGCACGUCCCCCGCCUACAGCACGAGCAGCCAGGCAGACGGCUCGGACACGGCCAGCCUGGCCAGCGAGCGCUCCUCCACCCGCAGCGUGUCCCUCAGGAAGAUGAAGAAGCCCCCGGCCCCUCCCCGCAGGACCUACUCGCUGCACCAGAAGGCUGAUGGGGAGCCCAAGGUGCUGGGGCUGCCCCCCAGGCCUGACCGGCGGCCCCAGCGGGAGAGCAGCGUGCCCUGGACCCCACGCCCCGAGCCCUUCAGCCCCACGGGCGAGGAUGAGGUGUUCUCCCCAUCGCUGAGCGAGACCAGCAGCCUCCGCUCGGAGAGCCUGGCUGGCACCAGCUCCCCUGAAGCCUCUCGGGUCCGCCCUGGGGUGACGGUGGUGCUGAGGGAGCCCCAAGCUCAGGCCAAGUGGAGCUGCCCUGAUGGGUCUGACCGCACCAUGUCCCCCUCCAGCGGCUACUCCAGCCAGAGCGGGACACCCACACUGCCCACCAAGGGGUUGGGACCGCCAGCUGUGUCCCCAGGCAAGUCUCAGCCCCAGAAGCCGGACAGGGUCUGCUCCUUGCAGUCGCCUGCGCUCUCUGUGUCCUCCUCCCUCACCUCCAUCUCCUCCUCGGCCUCGGACCCGACCCCCUCCGAGGCGCUGACCAGUCGCUCAGACCGGUUCAUCAUCCCGCCCCACCCCAAGGUUCCUGCUCCCUUCUCCCCACCACCCACUAAGCCCCAGCUGCCCCCGGUCCCCACCGGCCCCCUCCAGCCCUCACAAACCCCCCCAGCGCCCAGCACUGCCGGCCAGGAGCCCUCGGCCAAGCCCAGUGGCAAGUCCCCACCACCAUCACCGCCGCCUGCCUACCACCCGCCUCCUCCGCCGGCCAAGAAGGUGGAGGGGAGCCCCCAGAGCAGCAGUGAGCCCCCCACUGACACCGCCUGGCCCCCACCACCACCACCAGCCCCUGAGGAGCACGACCUGUCCAUGGCAGACUUCCCCCCUCCGGAUGAAUCCUAUCUCUCCACCUUGGCCCCGGUGGACGGGCAGACAGCGACACCGAGCCCGGGGGCUGCAUCUUCAUCAUCUCAACAGCAAAACCCCCCCACCGGGGUUCCACAGCCUCCGUGCCCUGCCGAACCCCUUCCUACACCCUCCGUGCCCCCACCGCCGCCGCCUCUCCCUCCACCCUCAGCUCUGGCCCUGCCACCCCAAAUCAGCCUUAAGAAGGCGGCCAACGGCCCCCGGGCAGAAGCCAAGAAGGAGCCGAUGUCGCGGAGCAAGAGCGGUCCCGCGGCCAAGGAGGACGCCAGCCUGCCCAUCGUCACCCCGUCGCUGCUGCAGAUGGUGAGGCUGCGCUCCGUCAGCGUGGAGCCCGCGGCUGGAGCUGGAGCCGGAGCCGGUGUCGAGGAGCGCCCGGCCCCCCAGAAGCCCGUCCGCCGCUCCCUGUCCACACGGCAGCCGCCUCCUGCCCAAGACACGGUGCCUUCCAACCAGCUCCACCACGCCGUGCACCUCAAGGCCGCCGCCUUGGCUUGUGGAGAGGCCUCGGAGAAGACGCAGGGCGGCCGAGCAGCCCAGCCCGGCCCCGAGGGGCUCCCCGGGGAUGGGCAGCUGUCCCCCAAGAACAAAUCGCCGGCCUCCACCGCCAGCUUCAUCUUCGCCAAGAGCUCCAGGAAGCUGGUGAUCGAGACGGCCUCGUCCCCCGAAGCACAGGCUGACCUGAAGAGGAACUUGGUGGCGGAGCUGAUGAAUUUCUCCGGGCAGCGCUCGGCAGCUCCGGCUGCUGCCGCCUCACAGGGCCCCGGAAAGGCACAAACCCAGAGAAAACCUGGCAAGAUCCCCCCUCCAGUAGCCAAGAAGCCUUCGCUUGGCUCGGGGCCAGCUCCUUCCCCAAAGGCACCAGAGGCAGAAGGCUUGGGCUCCCCGGUGCUGGACAGGGAUGCCAAGGUGGAGGAGAGCAGGACUAAGAGCGAGCUGGCGGGGACAGAGGGCAGGAACGCCACGGAGCCGCCUGCUGAGAACCUCCCUGCACAAGAUGGACGGGGAGAGACAGCCUGA